AUGGAAUUGCCCCCAGUCUCCACAGAUCGGGUUACAUACCCGGGAAACAAGACAGAUAUUGAAGACCAAGAACAACCUCUAGAAGAGGAAUCACAGUCAGGGGAUAUGGACCCUUUAGAAGAUGUAAUCACUUCACGUGGACUUCAGGAAAGGGCAGGCCUGCAAUUAGACCAAGUGCUGAAAGUGCAGCAACUGAAUGAGGCUUCGGACUUCACUGUCACGGAUCUUGACAAAAACGUGACAACAAACACAAGUCAGGAAUCUACCGAUAUGAACGAAAUGGUUCUUUGUUCUGGUCAAUUAAUUUACUCCAGACGCAGGCUCGCCUGGCCCGGUUGGAAGCAUUGUCUGAGGAAGUUUUGUUAA